GCGGUGCUCAUACAAUUAAUUUCGUAUUCUCUUAUCAAUCCAUCUACAAGUACUUUUUUAUUAUUUCAGUCUUUGUUCUGUCUACAUAUCCCCUAAAUUACAUUCAAUAUGCGUAAUCAAUCCAUUCUUUCCUUCGCGCUGGUCGCAUUCGCCUCUACCUCCCUUGCUACCCCAUCCGUAGUUGAGAGGGGUAUGCCCAUCGAGGACCUUCACGCUGCAAUUGUUUCCGCUGGGGCAGAAUUCGACCAGCUAACAGCUCGUGGCCAAGCCGAAUUUGCUUCCCUCGCUGCCUCUGCAGUUGAAAGAGAUGUUGAAGCGCGGGCAAACGACGCCGCCUCACUACUUGCCCUUCUCCCAGCAGGCCACGGUUCCUCGAAACGUGAGCCAGAAGAGGAAUCCAAAAGAGCCGAUACUGCCGCUGGUCUUUUAGCUCUCCUUCCAGCAGGACAUGGCUCUGACAAGAGAGCCGAUACUGCCGCUGGUCUUCUUGCCCUCCUCCCAGCAGGCCAUGACAAGAGAGCUGAUAGUGCAGCUGGUCUUCUCGCUCUCCUUCCAGCUGGCCAUGAAAAGCGUGAACCAUCUGAAGAGGAGGUUAAGAGAGCUGAGAACGCCGCUAGUCUUUUGGCUCUCCUUCCAGCAGGUCAUGGCUCUGAUAAGAGAGCCGAUACUGCCGCUGGCCUUCUCGCCCUCCUCCCAGCAGGCCAUGACAAGAGAGCUGAUAAUGCAGCUUCUCUCCUCGCAUUGCUUCCUGCUGGGCAUGGUUCUGACAAACGAGAGCCAUCCGAAGAGGAGGUCAAGAGGGCUGAAAGCGCCGCCGGCCUUCUUGCUCUUCUUCCAGCAGGGCACGGCUCUGGUUAGAUUCGAUUGAUUCGAUGUGGAAAAUAAUAGACGGUUUCAAACGACUAUACUAUGGGCCAACACAAUUUGGAUGAUUUCUAUUGAGCUCAGAGAUUGGAAUGCUGCUGGAUACAGUUUUAUAGAUAAUACGCUCCUUUACAACUCAAAUAUUUAAUCAUUAUUUUACAAUAUAAACACUCAUACA